GUCGCCUCGACCCCCGAGACCGUCUCGACGCGCCGUGGGCGACGGCGGGGCCGCCGGCGGGUCGAUUCGAGCCACCGGCUUCGCCGAAGCGCGCGCACGGCGAAUGCCGCUCCCGGGGGACGGCCCUUCCACCCCCCCGCCCCCGAUGCCUUCGUCCCGCCCGCUACCCACCCCUCAACCCCCAACGCCCCAAAAAAAGAAAACAAAAAACGCCCGCCACAUCAUCAUGUCGUCCGGCGAAGUCGAGACCUUCGCGUUCAGCGCCGACAUCAACCAGCUGCUGUCGCUGAUCAUCAACACGUUCUACUCGAACAAGGAGAUCUUCCUCCGCGAGCUCAUCUCGAACGCGUCGGACGCGCUCGACAAGAUCCGCUACCAGUCGCUCACGGACGCGUCGGUCCUCGACGCGGAGCCGAACCUCGAGAUCCACCUCAUCCCCGACAAGGCGAACAACACGCUCACGAUCGUCGACACGGGCAUCGGCAUGACCAAGGCCGACCUCAUCAACAACCUCGGCACGAUCGCCAAGUCGGGCACGAAGGCGUUCAUGGAGGCGCUCCAGGCGGGCGCGGACAUCUCCAUGAUCGGCCAGUUCGGCGUCGGCUUCUACUCGGCCUACCUCGUCGCCGAGAACGUCGUCGUGACGUCCAAGAACAACGACGACGAGCAGCACACGUGGGUCUCCGCGGCCGGCGGCUCGUUCACGGUCCAGCCCGACGCGCCCGAGGCCAAGCGCCUCGGCCGCGGCACGCGCAUCGUCCUCACGAUGAAGGAGGACAUGGCCGAGUACCUCGAGGAGCGCCGCCUCAAGGACCUCGUCAAGAAGCACUCCGAGUUCGUCGGCUUCCCCAUCAAGCUCUACGUCGAGAAGACGCAGGAGAAGGAGGUCACGGACGACGACGACGACGACGACGACGACGAGAAGGACGACGACGACGACGCGCCCAAGGUCGAGGACGUCGACGAGGCGGAGACGACCAAGGAGAAGAAGACGAAGAAGAUCAAGGAGGUGACGCACGAGUGGGACCACCUCAACGGCCAGAAGCCCAUCUGGAUGCGCAAGCCCGACGAGGUGACCCAGGAGGAGUACGCCGCGUUCUACAAGUCGCUCACGAACGACUGGGAGGACCACGCGGCCGUCAAGCACUUCUCCGUCGAGGGCCAGCUCGAGUUCCGCUCCGUGCUCUUCCUCCCGCGCCGCGCGCCCUUCGACAUGUUCGAGGGCGGCUCGAAGAAGAAGUUCAACAACAUCAAGCUCUACGUGCGCCGCGUCUUCAUCAUGGACAACUGCGAGGACCUCAUGCCCGAGUUCCUCACCUUCGUCAAGGGCAUCGUCGACUCCGAGGACCUGCCGCUCAACAUCUCGCGCGAGACGCUCCAGCAGAACAAGAUCCUCAAGGUCAUCAAGAAGAACCUCGUGAAGAAGUCCAUCGAAUUGUUCAACGAGGUCGCGGAGGACGAGGACAAGUACAAGAAGUUCUACGAGGCGUUCAACAAGAACCUCAAGCUCGGCGUCCACGAGGACUCGACGAACCGCGCGAAGAUCGCCAAGCUCCUGCGCUACCACACGACCAAGUCCGGCGAGGAGAUGACGUCGCUCGACGACUACAUCGCGCGCAUGUCCGACAACCAGCCGGGCAUGUACUACGUCACGGGCGAGUCCAAGCGCGCCGUCGAGACGUCGCCGUUCCUCGAGAAGCUCAAGAAGAAGGGCUACGAGGUCAUCUUCAUGGUCGACCCCAUGGACGAGUACUGCGUCCAGCAGCUCAAGGAGUACGAGGGCAAGAAGCUCAUCUCCGCGACCAAGGAGGGCCUCAAGAUGGAGGAGACCGAGGAGGAGAAGAAGGAGCUCGAGGAGGCCAAGGCGGCGACCGAGGGUCUCUGCAAGCUCAUGAAGGAGGUCCUCGACGACAAGGUCGACAAGGUUGUCGUCUCGACGCGCCUCGCGGACUCGCCCUGCGUGCUCGUCACCGGCGAAUACGGCUGGUCCGCGAACAUGGAGCGCAUCAUGAAAGCGCAGACGCUCCGCGAUUCGUCGUCGUCGGCCUACAUGUCGUCCAAGAAAACGAUGGAGAUCAACCCCCUGAACCCCAUCGUGAAGUCGCUCCGCGACAAGGCCGAGGCGGACCAGAGCGACAAGACGGUGAAGGACCUCAUCUGGUUGCUCUACGACACGUCGCUGCUCACGUCCGGCUUCUCGCUCGACGAGCCGUCGACGUUCGCGUCGCGCAUCCACCGCCUCAUCAAGCUCGGCCUCUCCAUCGACGACGACGACGACGAGCUCGACGACGACAUGGACGACCUCCCGCCCCUCGAGGAGGACGGCCUCGAGGAGUCGACCAUGGAGCAGGUCGACUAAGCGACGCCGCGGCCGCCGCCGUGGACGCGGACAACGCGCUCCCACCCGGCCCCCAGCUCUCCCCAGCGCGCAAGCCGCGCGCCGCCCCGGAGGCGCGUCCCAAGACUAACGCAAGUUGUCCU